AUGACAACACGUCCAUUGAGAGAUUUAUGUAAAGGUAAAUUUGGAUUACAAGUAUUAGAUUCAAAACCAAUUCAAAUAACAAAUAAGAGAGAUACAUCAAUUAUUGAAUUAUUAAAUGAAGUAUUAAAUUUAAUUAAUGGAAUUAAUGAAAAAUGUUUAGCUAAAGAUGUAAAUCAAAUGACAGUUAAAGAUUAUAUUAAAAUAUUAUGUUUAGGUAGAAAAGUUGGAAAUGUUUUAAUUUAUAAAAUUGCAAAUAUUUUAACUAGAAUUGGUAAACAAUUAAGUGAAAGAAAAAUAGUUGAUUAUAAAAAGACAUUAUUUCUAUUUUUAUCAUUACCUAUUAAAGAUAAAAUAGAAAGAGAUAGAUGUUUAAAUGAAUUAAUUUUAUUUUUAAAAAUGUUAAGAACUGAAUUAGAUGUACAAGAUGAAUUAACUUCCAUUUAUAGUGGUACAUUAACUUAUGAUACUUGUACUGAAAGAAUGUUAAAAAAUAGACAUGAUUUUGUUAUUUAUACUUUAUUAGGUAUUUUUACUAUGAAUAAUACUGAUAUUUUAUCAAAUGAUAUUAUUAAAAAUGAAAAUGAUAGAAAAGCAUUAAAAGAACUUUCAUUUUCUAUUUUUAAUAUUAAUAAUAAUAAUAAUAAUGGAAAUAAUUCUAAAAAUACUUCAUUUAAGAAGCAACAACAACAAUUAAAGAAACAACAACAACAACAUACAACACUAAUUGAUGAACAAUUAAUGGAUAUGGUUGAAAGUGAUGAUGAUGAACAAUCAGAAGAUAACAUGUUAAGUAUUAAUAAUAGUACUACUAUUAAUGGUAUUAAUAAUACUAUUGGAGGUAAUAGUUUAACAUCAUCCAAUAAUAAUAAUUUAACAUUGGAUAAAAAGACAAAUAUUAAUUUACAUCAUUUUCCUGAGGGAUUAAAUUAUUUUGAAGAAAUUGCAUUACAACUCAAGAGAUGUAUUUAUGGAAGUAAUAAGCAAUAAUUGAUUGAUAAUUGAUAAUUGUUAUUUGAUAUUUGAUAAUAAUUUUGAAUUAAUUGAUAUUUGAAAUAUAUUUUGUAACAGUGUAAAUAAAAACAAUUUU